AAAUGAUCUCCAAGGCGAGUUGAUCGGAGGCUCAUUUCCGCGGUUGGCCAUGCGUCGCGCUGUAGCUUUUCCUUAAUUGUACCUACCACGGUCCGGUAUGCCACCAUUAAAUUGAAUCUAGCCCGUACCUGGAUGAUCUACUAGUGGAAUAUCUGGCCGGUGCAGCUUUCCCCGGCUAGAAUUUCAAUGAUACAAUGGGAAAUGCAACCAUAUCGAUCUCACGAUAUAUAUAACUCCACACGCCCUGACACCUGACUCGUUUUUUUAUCAUCCCAAUUCACCUGGAUAUUACGUUAGGGCUCUACGUCACCUCGAAGUUUCGAAGAUGAAGGUUACUCUCCUUUCGGCGCUGGCCACUGUCGCCCGCGCGGGCGUGAUCUGGGAUGGACGAUUCAAUGAUCUGGGCACGUCGGCGGACCUUAACAAGUGGUCUUGGUCAAAUCAAGUCGGGCCCUACCAGUACUACAUCCACGGCUCUGGCUCCGUUGAGAAAUACAUCAACUUCUCUCCCGACUUCAAGAACCCAGCAGACACAGUGUCGAAGCAAGGAGCCAAGUUCACACUAGACAGCACGGCAUUCUGGAACGGCCAGAACAUGCGCCGUAUCGAAUUGAUCCCGCAGACUAAGGCCGCGAUUAACAGCGGAAAGGUGUUCUACCAUUUCAGUAUCUCCCGUAAGGACACCAACGCCCCGUCCAAAAACCGCGAGCACCAGAUCUGCUUCUUCGAGUCCCACUUCACCGAACUGAAGUACGGUUGGAUCUCUGGUGAGCAGGGUACUGAGAACCCGAACUUGCAGUUUAUGGUCUCCCAGAACAGCAAGUGGAAGACGGAGUGGAAGCCCAACGUCUGGCACAACGUCGCCUUCGAGAUCGACUUCGGUGCAGGUACAGUCGGUUUCUGGCAUUCGGAGGGGGCAGACCCGUUAACGCAAGUCGUUGCUCCCGCUAAGACCUCGACUUCGUCUAAUGGCGCUGAUUGGCAUUUGGGUGUUCUCGAGCUGCCGCGCUCUGGUUACUCUGACGGUACUGAGGACUUUUACUUCUCUGGCGUGUACAUUGAGAGUGGACCUAUUACUACUGCUAUUGGUGGCCCUGCUGCGUAAUCUCAAAAUCACCAGUACAUAUCGGAAACAAGCAUUGGUAUAGGCAUUCAUCUGAACGAACCCGGGGCGGGAUUCUUGUAUCUAAGUGGUUCUAUUUAGCAUACCUGUAUAUAUGAACGAAAUAUUGAAUAACUCGAUCUAAUUCAUCAUUUGAUAGAGCCCAGUGUAUUUAA